GAGACGCGCAGGGUUCACCAGGUCUUUCGAAACUGGGAUAUUGAUAAAAGUGGCAGUGUCACGCUGGCGGAAAUCGAGAGUAAUUUGCGUCGCCAAGGCCUGCGAAUCGCGAAGCCUCAGUUGAUGAAGCUCUUCGAUACGUACGACCUUAACCACGAUGGUCGGCUGCUCUACGACGAGUUUAUGCGUCUUGUAUACGGCCCUCGAAAACUUCAGACAUUUUCACGACUCAAUGAUGCGUACGCAGCUUUCGACAACGAUCAUAGCGGAAGCUUAUCGUAUAGAGAACUUUGCCAAGGGUUGCAACAAUUGGGGAUAAACCUGACAGAACGCGAGUUUCUCCACCUAGCCACGCGUGUAGACACAGACGGAAAUGGUGAGAUUAGUUUCAAGGAAUUUUGUGAUGUCUUCGGCGGUGGU